AUGUCGCGACGAAACGCUCUGGCGGCCCUCAAGGCGGCUCGAGCCGGUGAGAAGCGAGAACUCACCUUCAACGCCGAAGACGUGUACGACGAGCUCGACGAAACCGAGUUCAAGCAGCACCGAAAACAAGAGCUGCUCCAGGACGACUUUGUGGUGGGAGAUAACGGAGAGGGGUACGCAGACACGGGCGCGUACGAGUGGGAGGAUACGGGCAAGCGGUACGGCUCCAGCGACGAGGACGGCUCGCCCAAGAGCAAGCGGGCCAAGAAAAACAGCGACGUGAUCAAGAACCGCAAGCUCAACUUCAAGGCGCUGGCGUCCAAGCCUGUCAAGACGGAGACGGCGGCGUCAGCAGUGGCAGACGACUUCAUGGACGACUUGAUUGGCGUGAUUGGCGGCUCCGGGCCCAAAAGCGCCGACAAGAAGAAACCCAUGAACCGCAAGUCGCGAUCCGCCCGGGCCAAGGAGGAGGAAGACGUGUUUGUGGACAUGGACUACAGCUACGACAUGGCCAGUCCGGAGCACGUUUCGUCUUCUCCCCCCGCGGAGAUUGUGCAUGCUGUCAGAGAAGAGGCCAUUGCUGACGGCAUGGAUUUUGCUGAUGACAUGGACAUUGAUAUGGGCGAGCCCGACAUUCCUAACAAAGUGCCUCAAUCGGAGUCAGACGACGAUGAGGACGAGGUUGUGGUUCGACCCAAGGCCGGCCAGGCUGCAGCUGCAGUCAACAUGCGCGGCCAGAAGCCGGUGGUUGCAGUCAAGAAGGAGAUUGUCAAGACGGAGCCAGUCAAGAAGGAGCUGGUAAAGGAGGACAUCGAAGAGCCCGAACUGGUUCCCGAUAUCACCAGUAACAUCCAGCUUGCGACUUCAAAGGCUGGAUCUGCUGAUACUGCCAAGAUCUCUGUGGAGCCCAACGAGGUGACCACCGAGGACGGCAAGUUCAAGUUCUUCUGGAUGGAACACGCCAUUGUGCGAGACACACUCUAUCUGUUUGGAAAGACCAUGGUGCUGACCGGCAAGAACAAGGGCCAGUUUGUAUCGUGUCUCAUCAAGGUUGCAAGCACCCAACGACAGAUGUUUGUGCUGCCCAAAAACGAGUGUAGCACUUCUGACGUGCACGAGGAGCUCGAUGGAAUUAUGGAGGCCCGAGGUAUUCGAAUGCGAGCCAAGCCUGUCACUAAAAAGUACUGUUUCCAUCUGCCUGGUGUCCCUGCCGAGGCCGAGUACCUGGAGGUGCUGUACUCCCCUCCCAAGGAGAAGUUCGACGUUCCUUCUUCUGGAGCUACCUUCUCCCACGUGUUUGGAGCCAAUCAGUCGCUGUUUGAGCAGUUUGUGCUCUCUCAUCAGGUCAUGGGUCCAUGCUGGAUGCAGAUUGAUGAGCCUGACUUCGCCUCGGCUGGUCAGGGACGUAUUUCGCACACCGGAAUCGAGAUCACCGCUAAGUCGUCGGCCAAGAUUUCUGUCUGUUCCAACCAGGAAGCUCCCAUGCCUCCAAUUUCGAUGAUCUCUCUGGCUGUGCGAACCAUGACCGAGGGCAAGUCUCAGUCUGUGGUAGCCGUGACUCUCCGAAUGUUCCAGGACAUGCCUCACGAUACCACAUCCAAGCUCGGCGAGCUGCAGCACCGAUCUAUGACCUUCUUCCGGUACCCCAGUAAGGUUGCACCUGUUGGCUUCAAGCAGAUUCUGCAGGAACACAAUGCUGGCACUGCUGUGGACAAGAUCAUUCCAUGCAAUUCUGAACUGGACAUUUUGAGCCAUAUGGUGCGGCUUAUUGCGCGUGUUGACCCCGAUCUCAUCUGCGGCCAUCGUCUGGAAGCUCUGCAUCUGGAUGUUCUGCUGCACCGACUCAAGGAGCUCAAUGUCAAGGACUGGUCUUCCAUGGGCCGACUUCGACGAACACAAUGGCCCCACAUGAACUACGGAGUUCUUGACGGCCGGCUUAUUCUCGAUAUGGACAACUCUUACGGUCGGUCUGUGGUGCAAGGAUGUCAGUCGUUCGAUCUGACUGAAAUGUCGCUCAACACUCUGGGCAUCAAGCGGAUGGACAUUGAGCUAGAUGCUGCUCAUAGCAAGAUGGUCAGCUCUGCCCGGCCUUUGCUUAGCUAUCUCAUGCACUGCAUCCAGGACACGGGCCUUGUUGCCGGCAUUGUGAUCCAGACCCAGGCCAUUCCUCUGUCCAAGCAGCUCACCAACCUGGCCGGAAACGCCUGGAACAAGACUCUGGCUGGUACCCGAUCUGGCCGAAACGAGUCCAUUCUCUUGCACGAGUUCACUCGUCAGGGCUACAUUAUUCCCGACAAGGAAGCCGGUCGAGGCACCAACAAGCGAGGCAAGGCCAAAUUCCAGGGAGGUCUGGUUCUGGACCCCGUUAAGGGCCUGUACGACCGCCACGUGCUCGUCAUGGACUUCAACUCACUGUACCCUUCCAUUAUUCAGGAGUACAACAUUUGCUUCUCGACUGUGGACUGGGCGUCUAUCCCCGACGACCAGAUUGAGCCUCCUGCUCAGCCCGAACCCUCCGUGGAGCAGGGCAUUCUCCCUCGACUCAUUAGGACUCUUGUGCAGCGAAGACGGGAGGUCAAGCGACUCAUCAAGGACCCCAAGGCGUCUGCUGCCCAGAAGAAGCAGUGGGACGUGAAGCAGAUGGCGCUCAAGCUGACUGCCAACUCCAUGUACGGUUGUCUGGGUUUUGAGGGCUCUCGUUUCUACGCCAAGCCUCUGGCCAACCUCACCACCUCCAUCGGUCGAGACACUCUUCGAGCCACCAAGGAGCUUGCCGAGGCCGAGUCCCUGCAGGUUGUCUACGGUGACACUGAUUCUGUCAUGAUCAACACCAACACAGACACCUACAAGGACGCCAUCAAGGUUGGUAACGACUUCAAGAAGAAGGUCAACGGUCUUUACAAGCAGCUUGAGAUUGAUAUCGACGGUGUUUUUGCUCGUCUUCUGCUCACCAACAAGAAGAAGUACGCUGCUCGUCUGGCUACUGAGGAGGGCAUGGGAAAGAUUGAGGUCAAGGGUCUGGAUCUGAGACGACGAGAGACGUGCCAGAUUUCCAAGGACGCUUGUACCUAUGUGUUGGAGCAAGUUCUGGGUCCCGACGACCAGGAGACUGCGCUGAACAAUGUCCACGAAUACCUUUUUGAGCUGGCUGAGAAGCUACGAUCUGGGCCCGUCAAGGACGAGUCAGCUCCUUUCCCCGUGGAGCACUAUGCGAUUCUCAAGCAGCUCGGAAAGGACCCUAAGGCCUACAACCCUCCCAUCCAGCCUUUUGUGGCUGUGGCUCUUCGACGUUUGGAGCGAGGAGAGGUGAUUCGAGAGGGCGACGUUAUGUCGUUUGUCAUCACCACUGUGGGCUCCGACGAGUCUGCCAAGGCCCAGACCACUAUGGAUGUCAAGCUUUCUCGAGGCAAGCUUCAGCCGGAUGCCGAGUACUACAUUUCCAAACAGCUGUACCCUCAGAUCGAGCGACUCCUCGCUCAUGUGACCGGUACUGAUCCUGUCCGACUUGGAGAGGUGCUUGGCAUCGAGAUCAAGAAGGCCCACCAGUCCCACGAGUCCCGAGAGCUGCUCCAUCCGCUGGAGUCUACCAUCUCCGAUGCUGAGCGGUUCAAGGAUGCGGUUAAGCUGGAGCUGACUUGUGAGUGUGGCCACUCUUUUGCCUACGAGGGAGUCAAGCAGAACACCACCGAGCACGGUAUUAUCUGUCCCUCUUGCUCCACAAUGUUCCCUCUCACACGGCUGUGUGCCCAGUUGGAGACAUCAAUUCGACGACACAUUUCCAAGUACUACGAGACUUGGUACACGUGUUCAGAUUCCGCCUGUGGUAUUCGAACCGCCCAGCUGACCAACUUUGGAAAGCGAUGCAUGGGUUCCGAUGGCCGCUUCAACACUUGCAAUCGGGGCACUCUGGACUAUGAGUACAACGAUCAGGACCUGUACCGACAACUGUUGUACUUCGACACUCUGUUCAACAUGGACAAAGCAGCUCAGGAAAAUGAUAAGGAUAUGAAGCUGGCUGUUCUGGCCGGUCAGAACCGGGAGCGGUUCGUGUACCCUCGCCAGGUGGUGGACAAGUAUCUCAAGGACUCUGGACGAGCCUUUGUGGAUAUGGCUGCAAUUUUCGGUUAA